UUAUAUAAGCUAAGCAUGAACCAUUUUGUUGUUGUUGUUGUUGUUGUGUUGACGGAUCACCUGUUUGUCUGUUCUAACAGCAUGUCAGACCCUAAAGCAGCAGGAGCUGAUGCUGGAUCAGUGGUGUCAGACCCUCAACACUCACAAAAGCUUCUAAGGGUCCUUCAGUCUUUAAGACAAGAUGAUUGUUUUCAAGAUGCAGUGCUGGUUUUGGAUGGUGAAGAGAUUCCUGUUCAGAAAAACAUUCUGGCUGCUGCUAGUCCAUACAUCAGGACCAAAUUAAAUUACAACCCACCAAAGGAGGAUGGAUCUGUAUACAAAAUCGACUUGCAAGGGAUCUCUGUCACGACCAUGAGGCAGAUACUGGACUACAUUUUCAGUGGAGAGAUUACCCUGAGUGAAGACACCAUCCAGGACACUGUCCAGGCUGCUGAUCUUCUGCUCCUCACUGAUCUCAAAUCUCUGUGCUGUCAGUUUCUGGAGAGCUGCAUCACUGCAGAGAACUGCAUCGGUAUUCGGGUCUUCUCUUUGCAUUACUGCCUGAACCACGUCUACCACGUGGCCACCGAGUACCUGCAGACGCACUUUCGUGACGUGGCUAAUACAGAAGAGUUCCUGGAGCAGCCGCCCGAUCGCCUGUGUGAGCUGCUGUCCAUGGAGAAGCUCAAUGUGGGGAAUGAAAAGCAUGUUCUGGAGGCCGUGGUCCGCUGGAUCGGCCAUGACGCUGAAGCUCGGCGAGUCCAUAUGAAAGAGGUGAUGUCUGGCGUGUGGGUUCAAGGCCUGGACCAGAGCUACCUCCAGGAGCAAAUGCUCGGAGAGUCCCUGAUGAGGGAGGUGAUACGGAAUUAUUGUAUGGAGUCUCUGGGAGGAGCAGUGCAGCAGGGGGAGGCGCUGCUCGCUGCGUUUAAACCCCGCGGCUACUCUGAGUGCAUCGUCACUGUGGGGGGUGAGGAGAGGAACUCUCGGAUACCCACGGCAGCAGCGCGAUGCAUGUGUCCGCUUUAUGACCCAAACAGGCAACUCUGGAUAGAACUGAAGCCAAUGAAUGAGAGGCGUGUUGGCCACGGGGUUGUGUCUGCAGAGGGGUACCUGUUUGUAGUAGGAGGAAUGAAUGAGAAUAAAACUGUCUUGAGCAGUGGAGAGAAAUUUGACCCAGAGACCAACACCUGGACCCAAAUCCCACCGAUGAUGCAGGCCAGACAGCACUUUGCCAUUGCAGAGUUGGAUGGUAUGAUCUAUGUUUUGGGUGGAGAGAAUGAAGACACUGAGGUCCUCCUCACGAUGGAGGUGUUUGACCCCCAUUGCAAUGUUUGGAGAACACAACCAAAAAUGACCACAGUGCGCAAAUUUGGUUGCUGUGCCACCAUGAAAAAGAGACUGUAUGUGAUGGGCGGAGGAUCAUAUGGGAAGAUUUACGACUCUGUGGAGUGCUAUGACCCCAAAACCCAGCAGUGGACAACAGUCUGCCCUCUUAAAGAAAGGAGGUUUGGUGCAGUGGCAUGUGGCAUUGGACAGGAGCUCUAUGUAUUUGGUGGUGUAAGGAACAGAGAUGCUGACAAUCCAGGGUCCAGUCAGAUGACCAUCUGCAAGUCUGAGUUCUUUCAUGAUGAACUGAAAAGGUGGAUGGACUUAGAUGACCAGACCCUCUGCAUACAUGCCACAUCGUCUUUUGUUUAUGGAGCUGUUCCCAUUGGUGCCAGUAUAUAUGUGAUUGGAGAACUCGACACGGGCACCAGUUUUGACUAUGUGCGGGAGUUUCGCAGAAGCACAGGCACCUGGCACUCCACCAGGCCCCUCAUGCCCUCUGAUCUGAGUAAGACUUGCUGUGCCGCCCUACGCAUCGCUAACUGUAAGCUGUUCCGCCUGCAGCUCCAGCAGGGACAGUUCCGGAUCCGGGUUCAAUCCACAUAAACAACCCGCAUCCUCACCGCUGGCUUUGUCACUCCUCCGUCGUCUGCUGGUUCGGAGGACGAUGCAGAGGAUUGUGGGAUUAUAUUGGCAACAGCAGAGGUUUGAUUAUAAUGUGGGAAAGCUUGAAUGAAUUGUCCUGUUUUUUGUGUUUGAUGCCUUUCUUAGAGGAUGAAUUGUACAUCAUUUUCUUUUUUUGGUUCUUUUUUUUACCAGUCACAGGAAAUGCUGUUACAUUAGAUGGGACCUGCUCACUAUUUACAUGCUUUAUAUUAACAUUUCAUCUAGCUGUUGUUGCAGUUUAUUUGUCGCUAACACUUUUGAAGAUUGGUGAAGGAGGUCAAAAUUGCCUAUUUUAUACAAUAGUUAAGUCUUAAAUGUGGGUUCAGUCAGUAAGGGAACAAAUCAAAUCAAGAACUAAUCAGGGCUAGUGCUAAGUUCAUAUCAAGCAGAAUUAUGUUUCUAAUGCAAGUGUCUGUCUAGCUGCUGCACAAUCAAAGCUGAUGUGACGUUAGAUUAUUGAAAUGAUUUCAAAUGUCAUCUCAUUGCU